UGAGCCGAGAGCCCCGCGCGCCUCACUGUUACGCGCUACAUAACAUCCAUCGCGUCCUGGCUUGCGGUUUGAGAUCGUUCGCAUCCAAUCAAACAAGUAAGAAAGGAAGUGUCGUUCUGCUGAAAUGGACACCGCUGAUCAGCUUGCAUCGGUGGGAACGUUUCAAGUGCUAAAAUUACCUCUGGGAUUUAUCCGUGUUUUGGAAUGGGUCUUUGCCAUUUUUGCAUUUGCAACAUGUGGGGGCUACUCGGGGCAGCUGCGGGUUAGCGUCGACUGCAUGGAGAAGGCAAGAAGCAACCUCAGCAUUGGCAUCGACUUUGCUUAUCCUUUCAGGUUGCACCAGGUGUCCUUCGAUGCGCCCGUGUGUGAGGGCAUUAGGGAGGAACGCGUGUUCCUCAUUGGAGACUAUUCAUCCUCUGCGGAGUUCUUUGUCACCAUAGCGGUCUUCGCCUUCCUGUAUUCCCUCAUGGCCACCAUCGUCUACAUCUUCUUUCAGAACAAGUACCGUGAAAACAGCCGAGGACCGCUCAUUGACUUUAUAGUGACCGUGGUGUUCUCCUUCAUGUGGCUCGUCAGUUCCUCUGCUUGGGGAAAGGCUCUGUCCGAUGUGAAAAUUGCCACUGAUCCAGAUGAGGUGCAGCUCCUCAUCUCUGCAUGCAAAGUCCAGACGAACAAGUGCGGCUCUGUUCUUGAACCGCGCUGGUCCGGACUCAACACCUCGGUGGUUUUUGGUUUUCUCAACUUCGUUCUAUGGGCUGGGAACAUCUGGUUUGUGUUUAAGGAGACCGGUUGGCACAAGGGGGCUUCGAGUUUAGCAGGCGGGGGAUCUGAGAAACAGUCCGGCACAUUUAACAACCAGGGAAUCUUGGAUCAGUCAGCGGGCUACAACACCCAGGGAAACCUCAGCCAGCCGACCGAGUACAGCCAAGUGGGAGGACCCACCUCCUACUCCAAUCAAAUGUAGGCCUGCCUUUUGGAUUUGUUAGUGGCAUUACUAGAUUUUAAACCAGAGGUGACAGGAGAGGAAGAAAGUUUGUUUAAAAAAAGAUGGUCAUAAAAAGGCAUCAAAGGUGUCAAAGGACAUCAUUUUGUAGAUACAGGUAGUGUUGGGUAUCGUACCUUUUUGAUCCUUCUAUAUCAGGUUUGUUCUUUGCUGAAUGUUGUAUUUGUUGUUGUUUGAUACUUACAAUUGAUGGUGUUUUUCUCUGUGCUUGGUAAUUGGCAUUCACUGUUUUGAUCGGCCAGCCCACUGUUGUGGUAGAAGGAAACUGUAGUGUACUGUAUAUUAUCGUAUAAUGCUUCAAAUUCCAAAAACGCUGUCAAAUAAGUGCAUGAUGUUGUAUUGUACCGUUCUAAUAUGCUCUCUGUGACUAGUUUAAAAAAAAGGUAUUCCAAUCUGUGGUUUACAUAAAUCUUGCUGCCCUGACUCUACUGACUAAUACGUAUACAAUAUAUACCCUUAUAUAACUCUAUUUUGUUAACGAGUAUUUCUAAUUCAGAAACAGAUUCUAAAUUUAAUUUUGUGAAAGGUAUGUGUUAUAUUUGUUUUGACAAAUAUGACAAAUUCAACCCAUGUCUGACAGUGAUUGGGUCAGAAAUUUGAAACAGCAAAAUUGUAUUUUGCAAAAUGCACUACAGUAUACCGAUUUGUUCAAGACCAAAGUACGGUAUUCAAUCGCUUCUUUCCGUUGCUUUUUACUUAUAUAUCAGACAGUCAUUUCAUUUCAAUAAUUGUUACAUAUGUUAUACUUCUCUAAAAGCAUUUCCAGAGUAUCAAUUGGCACUGCUUAAGCCCAGCAAAAAAAGCGCAUCAGUAGCACAGCGUUGAUGUAUAGUGAAUGGUAACGUAAUUAAUAAUGAGCUUUUAAAUCACUUCCGUUUUGUAAAAAAUUGAAUUAAUCUGUGAAAUUCAUAAUAGUAAUACUGGCUGGAUAAACCCAGUUGUUGCUUGUUUACAUGGACAUGACUUGUGCAACCUUGUUUCUUGACCUCCUUGGCAUGCGACCUGCAUCAGUGUAAUGAUGCAUAUAGGACAUCCUUGUAUGUAUAAUGGUUUGAUAUUCAUGAUAAAUGUGUACAGGUCCAGUUAAUGGCACUUUCAGUCAGUUCAGUAAUGUGGAUAUUUUACAGGCUUUCUUGUUAAUAAAUUGGCCAAUGCACAACCUGA